GCUGGGCUUUGUAGUCUGUGAAAGGGUGCCUGCCGCGAUCCAGGCCCGGGAGUGGGUGUGUGAGGACGGAGGGCGGGAUUGGAUGACUGGCAGGGCGAAGGCAAAGGCGUGGAGCCGGUUCCGACGGCCAGUAUUAGCAAAGGGGGCGCGGUUUGGUUGCAUCAGCUGAAGCGUGGCUGCGAGGAAGACAAGGAAGAAGCCGCAGCAGCAUGAGGCUGUUUGUCAGCGAAGGCAGCCCGGGUGGGCUGAAGGUGCUGGCUGCAGCCAAGGCUACCGACGCUCCCGUGGAGUUGCAGUGGGUUCCGCAUGAAGCUCAUGUUGUUCCAUUCCUCUCCCAACCACGAGUGCCAGCCCUGCUGUUGAAGGAGGGAUCUUUCCUGUUUUCUCCAAAUGCAAUUUGCCAGUACUUCUUCUUUUUGUCCGGAAAAGAGGCAAGCGAUUUUACCCAGCUGCAAAGCAAUUUUACCAAUCAGUUGUUUGAGUGGGAAGCAACAGAGCUGCAGCCUGCUGUGUCUGCUGCCUUGUAUCAUCACGUGGUGCAAGGGAAGAAAGGAGAAGAGGUUUUGGGGAUUGUCCGGCAGCCACUGAACUACAUUGAUCAGACGCUAACUAAAAAGAACACUCCUUACCUUAAUGGGGAUGCCGAGUCAGCAGUCGACAUUGUCUUCUGGGGAGCCCUCUUCCCUCUGUUACAGGAUGGAACCGUAUUGCCAGAUGAUCUGAAAGUCCUGAGGAACUGGUUUCAGAACAUGAGCCUGAAGGAGCACUGCAAGAAGACUGUCGAAACUGUGUGGACUCGCAAAGGAGUACAGCAGCUGAAGGCCUACCUGCAGAAGCAGCCUGGGCCUACCCUGGCCUUUGAGAAGCUUGCUACGAAUGAACCGAAGGAGGAGGAAUCUCUUCAGCGCCUCUCUGAGGAGGAGAUUGCCGCGGUCGCUGAAGUCUGGAGCAGAGGGGCAGCCACCCUUCCCAAGCCUUGGAAGCCACAGCAGCCUGUGGUGCCCAUGGAAGGCAUGAGGAAUGUGCUGAUCACUAGCGCGCUGCCCUAUGUCAACAAUGUGCCCCACCUUGGGAACAUCAUUGGUUGCGUCCUCAGUGCGGACACCUUUGCUAGGUACAGCCGGUUGCGCAACUGGAACACGCUGUACUUGUGCGGUACUGAUGAAUACGGCACUGCCACAGAGACAAAGGCCAUGGAGGAGGGGAUUAGCCCCCAGCAGAUCUGUGACAAGUACCACGUCAUCCACGCCCAGAUCUACCAGUGGUUCAACAUCUCCUUUGACUAUUUUGGACGCACCACGACGCCCCAUCAGACCACGAUAGCCCAGGACAUCUUCCAUCGGCUGCUGGAGCACAACUACCUGCUGACAGAGACGGUGGACCAGCUCAAGUGUGAGCACUGUGACCGGUUCCUGGCUGACCGCUUCGUGGAAGGCGUCUGCCCGUUCUGCAACUACGAGGAAGCCCGCGGGGACCAGUGUGACAAAUGUGGGAAAUUAAUCAAUGCCACUGAACUGAAGAAACCCCUGUGCAAAGUCUGUCAGAGGACUCCGGUGGUGAAGCCCUCCCGGCACCUCUUCCUGGACCUGCCCAGGCUCGAAGACCGCCUGGAGAAGUGGCUGGCUUUGUCCCAGUCCACUGGGGACUGGACCCCCAAUGCCAGGUUCAUCAGCCGCGCCUGGAUCCGUGAUGGCCUCAAGCCGCGUUGUAUCACACGUGACCUGAAGUGGGGCACGCCAGUCCCGCUGGAUGGGUUCCGUGACAAGGUAUUCUACGUCUGGUUUGAUGCUCCCAUUGGCUAUCUGUCCAUCACAGCCAACUACACCGACCAAUGGGAGAAGUGGUGGAAGAAUCCCAAUCAGGUUGAUCUUUACAACUUCAUGGCAAAGGACAACGUCCCUUUCCACAGUGUCGUGUUCCCUUGUUCAUUGCUCGGUACAGAGGAAAACUAUACCUUGGUCAGCCACCUCAUUGCAACAGAAUAUUUGAAUUACGAGGACGGCAAAUUCUCCAAGAGUCGUGGAGUCGGGGUCUUUGGGGACAUGGCCAAGGACACAGGCAUCCCCGCAGACAUCUGGCGCUUCUAUCUUCUCUUUGUUCGGCCAGAGAGCCAGGACAGCGCCUUCUCUUGGAACGAUCUCAUGCUGAAAAACAAUUCGGAGCUGCUCAACAACUUGGGCAAUUUUGUCAACAGAGCUGGGUCGUUUGUGUGCAAGUUCUUCGGAGGACGUGUUCCUGACAUGGAGCUGAACCAGGACGACAAGCGUUUGCUGGCUCACAUCACUCUGGAACUGCGGCAGUACAAUCAGUUGUUGGAGAAGGUUCGGAUCCGUGAUGCCCUGCGCAGCAUCCUGAGCAUCUCUCGCCAUGGCAACCAGUAUCUCCAGGUCAACGAACCUUGGAAAUGCAUCAAGGGCAAUGAUGCAGACAGGAAGCGGGCAGGCACUGUGAUAGGUGUGGCCGUCAACAUCGCCGCCCUGCUGUCAGUCAUGGUUCAGCCAUACAUGCCCAGUGUGAGCGCUGCAAUCCAAGGGCAGUUGUGCAUUCCUGCUGAUCACAACGUUGUGACCAAUGACUUCGUCUGCACCUUGCCAGCUGGGCACCAGAUUGGCACGGUGACACCCCUCUUCCAGAAGCUAGAGAGCGAGCAGAUAGAAAACCUGCGGAAGCGCUUUGGUGGCGGCCAGCAAAAAAAUGCAGCAGUAGCCGAAAAGGGAGCGAAGGUGCUUCAAGAAGAAUUUGCCAAGCAGGAUAACUAUGUGCGGCAGCUGAAAGCCCAAAAAGCAGAGAAGAAACAAAUCGAUGCUGCGAUUUCAAAGUUAACAGAACUGCAGAAGCAGCUCUCCUUGAUUGAAGGAAAGAAUCCUGCCUCUCAGCCCCCCAGGGGGAAAGUGAAGAAAUGAGUUUUUGUGUAGCAUCUCCCUCCAAAGAGAUUUUUAGGCCCUUCUUGACCUGUAUUUAAGUACCCCCAUGGGAGUUUUAACACCGCCGUGCUGUUUUUGAUGUGUCCCAAUGCUCCUAUUUUGUAAUACGUCGGAUAGACGGGUUCAGCACCCUUGGAAGUUUACCUGGUGAGAAAUAAAUAACUUUAUUUGCUUUA